UAGACUGAAGAGCCCUCUAUUAUCAAAUUUCUGUUCUUCAUGUAGGUACUUCUAGACAGUGGUCAAAACACCUGUGAACCUUCUCUUCGAUAACAUAAAUAGAUUGAGCUUCUUCCUCACAUCUUUCACUAUACGGCAUGUUUCUCAAUAAUUAAUAAUUCUUAUGGCUAUUUUCUGAAUUCUCUCCAAUUUUUUGACAUCCUUCUUGAAAUGUGGACACCAGAACUAGACACGGUAUUUCAGUAGCAGUCACACCAGUGCCAAAUACAGAAAUAAUAACAACCUCCCUACUUCUACUCGACAUUCCUGUUUAUAAAUCCAAAGAUUACAAUAGCCCUUUUAGCUACAGCAUUUAACUGGAAGCUCACAUUCAGCAGAUUAUAUCCCCCAGUCUUUUCAGAAUCACUGCUUCCAAGUACUGAGUUCCCCAGCCUCAAAUAUGGCCUGCAUUCUUGGUUCCAAGAUGUAAGACUUUACAUUUGGCUGGUAUUGAAACACAUAUUGUUUGCUUGCACCCAACUUAUCAAGUUAUCCAGAUUGCUUAGUAUCUUCCUUAUUUACCACUGCACCAAUUUUUGAGUUAUCUGCCAAUCUGUUCAGUAAUGAUUUCUGUUUUUUCACAGGUUAUUGAUAAAACAUGUUAAAUAGCAUAGGGUAAAGAACUUAUUGCUGUGGGAUCCCAGUAGAAACAUACCCAACUCAAUGAUGAUUCUGUUUGCAAUUCCAUUUUAAGACCUAUCUGUCAAACAGUUUUUAAUCCAUUUAAUUCAGAUAACUCUCCUCAAUACGCACAUAGUCCCAAGGCUGGUGUGCACACUUAGCUUGCUAUGCUGCAGUUAGUUCUACAUUUGUAUGUGAAAACUGUCACAACACUAAGGCUAUGUCUACACUAGAGGCCUUACAACAGCACAGCUGUACCGAUGCAGCUGCGCUGCUGUAAGAUCUCUCUUGUAGCGGCUCUAUGCCAACGGGAGAGCUCUCUCCCGACGACAUAAUUAAAUUACCCCCCAAUAAGCAGCAGUAGCUAUGUCAGCAGGAGAAGCUUUCCUGCCGACAUAGAGUUGUGCACACUACCACUUAUGCUGGAGAAAUUUAUGUCACUCAGGGGUGUGUUUUUUCAGACCCCUGAGCAACAUAAGUUUUGCCGACAUAAGUGGCAGCGUAGACAUGGCAAUAACGUCCACAGAGUCUGAAGGGGGUUCCCCAGAUUUCCCAGCAGAGCCACAAGGGGGCAAAGCAAGUCAGGACUGGGGUGUCAGCCCUGCACAGGCAGAAUGCAUUAGAGCAGUGGUUCUCAACCUGUUCCAUACUGCGACAUCCCCCACUUUUCCAUUCCAGAACCACCUCAGAACACCCUAUCUGUCCAUGAUCUCCCUCUCUUCCACAACAGGUCAAGGGCUGAGUGGUCUCAAACCCAACAUGCAUCCGAUGAAGUGAGCUGUAGCUCACGAAAGCUUAUGCUCAAAUAAAUUUGUUAGUCUCUAAGGUGCCACAAAUACGCCUUUUCUUUUUGCGAAUACAGACUAACACGGCUGCUACUCUGAAUUCUGAUACAGUUUGCUUUCAAUAUAAAACAUUAAGAAAGCCCUCAGUGCUCCACUGCAUUUGCCUCUGCAGAGUUGACAUUAUGGUUGAAUUUAUGGGUUUGUUUUUUGUUUGGGGAGGUGCUCACUGAUUUGUUUCUUGUGAUCCCUUCAGAUGCACAAACGGAUCCAAAUCCCUUCAGUCCCACAGCAUCAUGCUUCUCUGGCUGACUGGUUGGUUUGGUUAUUAUUCUUUCUGUGAGGGAAAGAAAAGGAGAAGGAGGGGGGACACUGGAAGGAGGUGAGAGAAGAAGGGGGGACUAGGUUUUUAGAAGUCUCCAUAAUGUUUUCCUUUCAGGAAACACAUCCUGUUAACGUUUGACUGCGGUGGCAGUGGCUCUGUUUGUUGCAGUCGGCUACGCCCUGAGGCUCACCAAAAACAGCCACAAAAACAACCAUUUCCUCUCUGUUGAGAGACAGAGGGGGAGGAAAAAAACCCACUUCCUCACAGCAGAGUUUCUGCUCUCCAGCCCUCUUUCACUCGCUGCUCUGACAGUGUAAGAGAAACCGGAGAGGAGCAGAUUCCUCAGGAUACUCCAAACUUCCAGAGCACCUUUGGGAUGAAGACUUUCACUUCAAAUUUGGCUUGGAUUUAGAAUGAAGUUUCUCUCUGUUUGUGGGAUGUUCUGAGUUUUGUGGCUGAAAAGGCUUUCAGAGGUGCUACUUCAUGACUCUUAUGUGAGUCUCUUUCUCCUCUUGCAGCUGCAUUCUGAAGAGUUGAGGCAUUGUGUCUGCAAGCAUUUCAGUCUGUUUUCCCAGGAACAACCCAGGUUUUCCCACUUCAAGACUGGAUACUCUCUGGCUUUGCCUUGUCCCAGAAGGAAUGGACCUCCCUGUUCUUCAGUUCAUCACCAGACUGGCUUUGCUCAUCCAGGUACAGGAAGGUGGAUAAGGCACAGCUUGGAAGGACAGAGACCUGCAAACUCUUCUUUGCACUUGUAUUUUAUGGAAUUCUUCUACCUACCUGACUGUGUUCUUAUCUGCUUGGUCAGAAACACCUUAGGAGUCGACUUUGAGAAUGAACGGUGAUGUUCUCUAGCCCCCCAUAACAUCCUACUGCAGCUGCCUCCUAUUUCAAGUCCUACUUCAAUGUGCUGCAGCUCAUCAGGACCUUGGAUCUUCUGCAAAUAGAGACUGGCAGCAGUCAACAGUCAGAUAUGACUGUCCAGAAACUGGUAGCCACAGCUGUGUUGGUAGCCCUGGUCUCACUUAUUCUUAACAAUGCAGCUGCCUUUACUCCCAAUUGGGUAUACCAGACCCUGGAGGAUGGGCGUAAGCGCAGUGUGGGGCUGUGGAAGAUGUGCUGGCUGGCAGAGAAGGGGAGAGGAGGUGCAGGCACGGGCACCAGACAUGGGCAAGGGGAGGAGCGAGAGUGUGAAUCCCUGGGCUGGGGUUCAGAGUCAGCCGGGUUCCAGGAAUCUCGUAGCACUGUCAAACUGCAGUUUGACAUGAUGAGGGCCUGUAACCUAAUCGCUACCGUCGCCUUGACUGCUGGUCAGCUCAUUUUCGUCUUGGGCCUAGUAGAACUGCCUAUUAUUUCACAGGAUAUCCAGUGGUGGGAGGAAGCCAUAGCUGCCGUGUUCCAGCUUGCCAUUACAGAUAAGAGGUUUGUACAGUAUCCCAGAAGGAGCAGGAGUAACCAUUACAGGCCCAGAGCUCGGCACGAGUCCUGCAGCACUUUGACACUGCAAAGGACUUGGGACCUGGAGUGGCCCUUGACAAGCCAGUUGUUGAGGUACGCAUAGACCUGGAUACUCCGACAUCUAGGGUAAGCAGCCACCACUGACAUGCAUUUGGUGAACACCCUUGGUGCUGCUGCAAGGCCAAAGGAGAGUACCACAAACUGGUAGUGAGUAGUCCCCACCUGGAAACACAGAAAAUGUCUGUGCCCUUGGAAUAUUGAUAUAUGAAAAUAGGCAUCCUUCAAAUCGAGGGUGGCAUACCAGUCUCCCAGAUCCAGGGAAGGGAUAAUGGAGGCCAGGGAGACCGUGUGAACCUUCAACUUCCUGAGAUAUUUGUUGAGGUCCCACAGGUCCAGAAUGGGGAGGAUACCGCCUUUGACCUUUGGAAUGAGAAAACACCGGGAAUAGAACCUUUUCCCCUUCGAUGAGCAGGGACUUCCUCCACAGCCCCAACUUGUAGAAGGGCCUGUACCUCCUGUUCGAGCAGCUUCUUGUGAGAAGGGUUCCUCAAGAGGGAUGGGGAAGGGGGCUGGGAAGGAAGGGUAGAAAUAAAUGCAGGGUGUACCCCACUGCCACAUUGCUGAGGACCCACUGGUCCGUAGUUAUUGCGGCCUAAGCAGGAAGGAAAAAAGAAAGCUGGUUGGCAAAACAAAGAGGGGGAGGAUCCAGUUUGCAGACUGGGAUGUUACCCUCGGGCACAUCCUCAAAAUGCCCACUUGUUCCCUCGAGGGAAAUGGGACAAACCCGACUGCGAGGCUGAGCCCGACUAGUGGCCCUGGCAGAGCUUGUAGUCCUUGCCCUUCUUAUGAUAGGGCUCUGUGAUGGGGUGUACAAACCCCACACUGAGCAACAAGGGCUUAAGGGCUCAUUUUGGGCUCAGCCAGCCCCACCCCACCACACCUGCAGCAAAUGCUCCAUCUGCUAGAGGAAUUAAAAGGCAGCGAAUUAGCUCAAUUGGUGAGCAGCGCUGAAGGUAAGCAGACCUGGAGCACACGGAUCCAGCAGAGCAGAGCAGAGCAGAGCAGAGCAGAGCAGAGCAGAGCAGAGCAGAGCAGAGCAGAGCGAAACCUAAAGGCUUUGAUGCAGCUGCCCAAAGGGGCCCUCCAGGAGGAAAGGGAGGACCCUCCACAGAGACAAGCUGAGAGGGAAGUAUCCUGUGGCCCUGGACAGUGGCGAUCUCCUCUGGCUUCCUUGGGUUUUGGAUUUUCCCAUCAGGUGAAGGCCUUCAACUGAGGUGACCCCAGAGGGAGAGAUGAGAGGAAGAGCCCAGGGAGGACAACCUUAAGUAGUCUUGGUUCCCAGGUUACUGGUAGCUAAAAGGGCCCUGGGUUGGAGCCCGGUGGAGUGGGAGGGCCCAGGCUCCCUGUGACAUUAUUGACAUAAACUGUGACCAUAUAGAUCAUUGUUGCAAUGACUGUUAUAUAUUUGCAGCAAAUAUUGUACAAAGGUUAUCGUGAGAGGUGUCUAUAAAAAGGUUAGGAUUUUCUGGUUAUGAUUAUGCUAUCUGUAUGCAUGUAUAAUUUUUGUAGCUGAAAUUAUGAAUAUUGGCUAUGUAAUUGUAUCUCAAUGUGUUUGAUUCUAAGUAGCAUUAGUGAAGCAUUUGGUUAGCUUCUUGAGAAAGGAAUUUGCAGAUUAAGUGCCCAAUCAAGAAACACUUAACUGACAAUGGACCUUGGGAGACUCCAAUCCACAAAUGAGAAGUCUUCCUGGGACGUUCAAGGUAGCAAGUGAGCAAACUGAGUCAUGCAUGGACAUGUGACUUGCUCAGGUGGCUACAAACUCCAUCUUGUUGCUGUGAUUUUGCAUAGGAGAAUAAAGGGGUUUCCGCCCACAAGAGAAAGAAUAUAAAAGGCCCUGGAAACCCCUCCAUUUUGUCUUCAAUCCUGCUUCUUACCUCUGGAGGGACUUUGCUACACUGAAGCUCUGAACAAAGGACUGAAUGACCCAUCCAAGCUGUGGAUGUACUCCAGAGACUUGAUUUGAACCUGCAGUUUAUUCUAUCACUGCUGCAAGCCUGAACCAAGAACUUUGCCAUUACUGUAUGUAUUUGAUUCCAUUUAACCAAUUUUCGCUCUCAUCUAUAUUUCUUUCUUUUUAUGAAUAAACCUUUAGAUUUUAGAUUCUAAAGGACUGGUAACAGCGUGAUAUGUAGGUAAGAUCUGAUUUGUAUAUUGACCUGGGUCUGGGGCUUGGUCCUUUGGGAUUGGGAGAACCUUUUUUUCUCUUACUGGGGUAUUGGUUUUCAUAACCCAUAAGAAGUGGCUGCUGGUGGUGAUACUGGGAAACUGGAGUGUUUAAGGGAAUUGCUUGUGUGACUUAUGGUUAGCCAGUGGGGUAAAACCAAAGUCCUCUCUGUUUGGCUGGUUUGGUGUGCCUUAAUAGUAAACGAACUCCGUCUUUGGGCUGUAACUAACCUGCUCUAAGCAAUUUGACCUGAAUUGAUACUCUCAGUUAUGUCCCACCAAAGACAGCAUCAUUACACUCCCCUCCCCACAACCCCCUUGGCAGUCCGGAGUUGUGGCCGUGACCACUAGGCCACAAUUCCCAACCAGACCCUGAGAGGAGACCAUUACAACUAGUGGAGAACGCUGGCAUUCAAUCCCACCCCUGAGAGAAGGGGAGAUUGACUGACCUAGGUGGCCAAACAGCCUGGUUUAGAACAACAUGGCCUCGUCAGCCAGCAAUGAUGGAGUUGGAACAAUUGUUGAAAUGGACGACCGAGAACCAGCAGCAGCAGGUGGCACAGCAGCAGCAACUCCUGCAGCAAAUGGCCGCUCAGCAGCAGCAACUGGUUUGGGACUUAGGGGCCCAACAACAGGAACAACAGCAAAGGUUAGUUCAACAAGUUCUGGCAUUGAUGCAGUCCCAGGGGUCCCCCGGAGCUUCCCCAUCAGGGGGCCUGGGCCCAAGCCCAUGAGCCCCGCUAGUACCUGUGAAGCUCACAAAGAUGGGCCCUGAGGAUGACCCCAAGGCUUUUCUGACAACAUUUGAGCAGGUGGCUAUGGCUGCCCAAUGAUCCCCUGACCAGUGGGCCAUCCUGCUGGCACCUUACUUAACGGGACCAGUGCAGGCCAUAUACCGGGGACUGGAUGCAGAGAGCGCCCAAGACUGACCUCAGGUCAGAGCGGCCAUCUUGGACUACCUCGACAUUACUUAGGAGACCUUCUUCCAGAGGUUCUGGGAGGAAAGGGACCCUCCAGGGGCCUGACCCCGGAUUGUCAACCAGAAACUGCGAGACCUAUGUUGGAGAUGGCUAAAGCCCGGAGGGCAGACCAGAGUAGAGGUGGCUGAAAUCAUCCUGGUGGAGCAGUUUGCCCAAAUCCUCCCGAAAGGGGGUAGGGACUGGGUACGCAGACAUCAAAAAGAGUCACUUACCAAUGCUGUGAGAUUGAUGGAAAACUAUCUGGCAGCUGAGACGGCUCUAACCCCCACUUCUGAGCCAUGGCUUGACACCAGAGGGGCCCCUUGACAGAAGGGGGAAGCCAGCCAGGGGAGACAGAAACUAGACAGGGUGCUGCACAAGGCCCCCACUUAUCAGCGGUCCAGCCAGCCCUUUAGCCCAGGGCUAGGAGCCCAAGAGAAGCCCCAGGCCCUCCAAUCCCAGCCCGAACAUAAAAUCUGGGGUCCUCAAGCAAUUGCUCUGCCCAGAAGCAAGGAAGAACGAGGGGGCCAAGCACCUGGGGGAAGACAUUUCCCGAGGCCUGGGUCCCAACCAGCAGUCUCGGGGCUAACCAUGGGAGCCUGUUUCUCCUGUGGGCAUCCGGUCCACCAUUAUCAGGAAUGCCCCUAUAUGGAGUGCAGCUAUGGGCAAGUAUGGAUGGUAGAAAGCCGUGCCUGGAAGUGCACCCCAGCAAAAUUAACAGUUCCUGUACAAAUAAAUGGAACUGAGGUAAUAGGUUUAGUAGACUUUGGGUGUGGGCAAACCCUGGUCUGGGACAACCUGGUCCCCAACCCUGAAGCCCCCAGAGAGACCAUCUUCCUGCAGUGCAUUCACAGGGAUAUUAAACCCUAUCCCAUUGCCCGGGUAGAGGUCAUCACAGGGGACAACACGAGGCCCCUCGUAACAGGGCUAGCCCCAACCCUAGCCUACCCUGUUAUCUUGGGUCAGUACUGGGAACACUUUUCAGACCCAUUGAGGGGAUGUAGACCUGUUCCCGGGAGCCCGGAUGAAGCAUCUGAAGGAACCAGGGCAGGCAGGGAACCCCAGUCCGUGACCCUGGCGGGAGUAGAUGAGGAGCAGGACCCCGAGGAGGGGGUUUCCCACCAAGAGGGAGUGCUGCCGGAAGAUCCACCCAAUCAGGAGACGUUACCAACUCCACUCCUGGAAAGGGAGUUACUGACCCGAGAGACGGAUUUUGUGAAGGACCAGAGGGAGGGUGAGACUUUGACCCAUGUUUGUGAACAACUCCCAGUGAUUAAUGGUGAGGUCGUAGAUCCCCACCGGGAUGCACAGUACCCCCACUUUGAGCUCCAAAAGGAACGAUUAUAUCGGCUGGAAAAAGGACCACUGGACAGAGGAAAUCCAUUCACAACUCCUUGUCCCUCGGCCACACUGGCGAGAAGUCAUGCGAUUGGCCCAUGCCAUCCCCUCCGCAGGCCACCUUGGACAGGAGAAAACUCUGGCACGAUCUUAGACCGCUUCUCCUGGCCUGGCGUACAUCAAGAAGUUAAACUUCUGUGACUCCUGCCUGGAAUGCUAGCAAGUCAGGCCAAAAGGUGGAUGAAAGCCCUCCUCAUCCCUCUCCCUGUCAUCAGUGUCCCCUUCGAACGAACUGGGAUAGACCUUGUCGACCCCCUGGAAAAGAGUGCCAAUGGAUACAAACACCUAUUGGUGAUAGUUGAUUAUGCGACUCAUUAUCUGGAGGAAAUCCCACUCUGUAACACCAAUGCUGUCAUAAACAUACAGAUAAGGGUAGCAUAAAAUCUCUCCUGGGCAGUUGUACUGAAUCUUUACCUGUAAGGGGUUAAGAAGCUCAAAUAAUCUGGUUGGCAACUGACCAAAAGGACCAAUAAGGAAAGAAGAUACUUUCAGAUCUGGUCAGAUGUACGGGAGGUUUUGUUUGUGCUCUCUUUGUUUGUUCCCUCUCCGGACUGAGAGAGAGACCAGGCAGAUACAACAUCUCCUGAAAACAUAUCUGAAAUAAUCCAUCUAAGGUUACAAACAUUGUAAGUAAGGCAAGGAAAUGCGUUAGAUUAUUUUUUGUUUUAGCUUGUGAAUUUUCCCUAUGCUAAGAGGUAGUUUUAUUCCUGUUUUUGUAACUGUGAAGCUGAGUCCAGAGGGGAGUCCUCUGCGUUUUAAAUCUUUUUAUUACCUUGUAAAGUUACCUUCCAUCCUUAUUUUGCAGGUGUGAUUCUUUUACUUUUUUCUUUAUAAUAAAGUUCUUCUUUUAAGAACCUGAUUGAUUUUAGUGUCCUAAAGAUAAAAGGUCUGGUCUAUACUUACAUUAAAGGCAAUUAGUUGGUAUAUUAUUCUCAAGCUUCCCCAGAAAAGGGGGUGAAGGGGCUUGGGGGGAUAUUUUGGGGGAAUAGGGAUUCCAAGUGAUACGUCCCUGAAUUUUUGUUUAAAUCACUUGGUGGUGGCAGCAAUACCAUCCAA